AUGCCCGUCCCCACACAUGUACAACACGAGAAAAACAUAUGGGUCGCUGCGGGGGACGGUGACCUGGGGCGUGUCAGAGAACUCAUUGAAACAUGUUCCAUCUCCCCCAACGUGCCUGAUGCCCACACAUACACUCCGAUGCACGCUGCUGCAUCCUACGGCCAGGUCCAUGUCCUGGAGUACUUGAUUUCCAAAGGAGGAGACGUAAACGUGACAGACGGCGACGGAGACACUCCCUUGUACGUCGUCGAGAACGUCGAGACCGCACAGUAUCUGGUCGAACAUGGUGCCAUCGUCAAUCGCCGAAACUCCGAAGGCAUCACGCCCGCACAAUACCUUUCUGAAGACUUCGAGGAAGUAGCAGCCUAUCUGGACGGCAUCGUCCCCGCUGCUAGCGGGGGCGACUCCACACCUUUAUCCUCCACCGCGUCCCCUGCGCGCCACCAGCCGUCCCAGCAUGCACAGGACGCCGCGUCAGAGACACUGACGUCGUCCCUGAUACAGUCCGUGCAGGAUAUUAUGCAGCGCGCUGGCGCAGAGGGCCGAGAUCCAGAUGAUGAGCUGAGACAGGCAGUUGGAAGGACGGUGCUUGAGGGCGUAGCGACGGGGUACGACAUGAGUGUCGGAAACGAAGAGGAUAGGGAGGACAGAGACAAUGGGGUAGGCCCCAAUGGUGUAAAACGACCGCGCAGGGGCGAUGGACCGGGGUUUACAAAACACAUCUCCUUGAGCGACCUCCCGAACGAAUCUGCCGACUCCGCUGCCACUGAAGAGUCUCCUAUCUCGCAAGCGAAGGCACAAGCCAAGGACUACGAAGCGAUCUGCUGCCCGCUUACGACCGAGAAAUGGAAGACGCGAUGGAGGGAGAUGUGUCUGCUUCCAGCGGGCGACAUCCAGGACAAAGAGUCGCUGGAGCGGCGCGCGGAGGCCUGGAGGUCGCGGCCGGGUUUUCUCUGCGAUGAGGUGACGAUUACAAGGCUGGACGAAGCCGAGGGAGUGCUGGUCAUGGUGUCAGAUUGGCUGGAGCUGGAUGCAAUGGACGACUGGGUCCGCCACGAUUCCGAGACUGCACUGCUGCAGGAGCUCGCCUACGCCUCCUACCUCAACAUCCCCUGUGCGAUCCUCCCUCCUCCGCGGAACCGUUCGCAGAUCGCCGCGUACGCGCGGGCGGUGAACGCAUGCCUCAACGCCGUGCCGUACACCGAGCUCUCGAUCCGCAUCCCCAUCUACGACCCCGCCAUGCUGCACCUCUCGCCCGCGACGCCGAAGCCCACCGCGUCCGUGUCCUCGUCCACGGUGCUCUUCUCGGACGAGCCCUCCGUCGCGACGUGGGAGAUGUGGGACGCGAUCCGGACGGUGUGCGACUACAACCCGCGUCUAUCGCUGACGCUCGACCUGACGCCCCCCAUGCCGUCUGUGAUGAGCGUCUUGGGCCAGUGGUCGGCGGAGCCUGUGCGGCACGUCUUCCUGCCAUCCUCGACAUUCAUACCGAACGCGAAGGGCUACCCUGUCCUUCCAAAAGUGACACAAUCUUUUAUCCGAGAUAUCAUGAAGCUGCAGCCCAACGUGAUACUGUCUGGGACUGCGUCUGGGAGGCACAAGACGGGCGGAGAAGCGGUCUACUCGCAGUACGUGCGAUAUCUGGAAAAGACUAGUCCUGUCAUGCAGGCAACCCAGACACCCGGCACCGUGGACAACUUUGCGCAGGGAUAUCAUGAUUUUUUGCAGGCGCCGCUGCAGCCGCUUAUGGACAAUUUGCCAAGCGUGACCUAUCAAACCUUCGAGCAGGACCCGGUCAAGUAUAGACAGUACGAGGAGGCUGUAUAUCUGUCAUUGCUAGACCGACCGCAGGAAGAGAGGCUCGUGCUCUGCGUCGCUGGGGCAGGUCGAGGACCUCUUGUUGCUAGGUGUCUAAGCGCCUUGGCACGCUCUAAUCGGAAUGGCGUGGUCUACGUUCUCGAGAAAAACCCGAAUGCAUACGUAACGCUGCAGCAACGUCAGCAAUCUGAGUGGGGCGACAAGGUGCAGCUUGUGUUUGGGGACAUGCGCACGUCGCAAGUGCCAGAGAAGGUGGAUAUCCUGGUCAGCGAGCUUUUGGGCUCGUUCGGCGAUAAUGAAUUGAGCCCGGAGUGUCUGGACGGUGCUAUGCGCUUCUUGAAACCGGAGGGAAUAUCAAUUCCGUCGUCGUACACGGCACACAUCGCGCCAUUAUCGUCUUCGAGGCUGUUAAACGAAACACGAGCGAUGAAGGACCUGAAGAUAUGCGAAACCCCUCACGUUGUGAUGUUUAGGGCUAUCAACAUCUUAAGCGAUGAUGGAGGGGGGUUGAGCGGGAAUUGUGGGCCUAAAGUUCAAGAAUGCUGGGAGUUUGAGCAUCCUCGACGGGAAGCCGUGCUCGACGAGCAAGGAUUGCCACCGACGAACAGUCAUAAUGCACGGUCGGCCAAAAUGAUCUUCAACAUCCCUCAUGCUGGCAGCCUUCAUGGUUUGGCGGGGUACUUUGAGGCUGUGCUCUACAGGAAUAUCGGGCUGAGCAUCCAUCCCGAUCGCAUGCAGUACAUAUCUAAGGACAUGCUGAGUUGGUUUCCGCUCUUCUUCCCGUUCAAGGAACCGCUGUAUCUCCCGGGGAAUUCAGAGUUGCACGUAUACAUAUGGCGUCUCACAAACCAACGGCAGGUUUGGUACGAGUGGUAUGCUGAGGCGUUCCUGCCCGUGCCAGGUGCGAGCUCUGUGGAUCCCCAUGCGAGCAUCGCGGACCACAGAAGCUCCAGGCAAUCUACCCAGUCCAUGCUACGUCUAUCACCAAGUCCCAUCGCGGACGCUGUUGACGAUGCAUCUGAUGAUGGAAAGAUGGAGGACGUCUCGGACAAAGGGAACGUCGGAUUGAUAAAAAUUGGACAGACGACAUUGCACAAUCCUCGUGGGAGAAGUAGUUGGAUUGGGCUGUGA